AUGGCUUCAGACGAUAACGACCCUCGUCGGAAUCGCGACCGCAUCGACGAACACAACCCGUUUAUCACCUUCCGCCGCUUCGCCGACUCGCAGGUCUCGUCCCUUAUGAACACCGUCUUCACGUUGCCCGCAACGAUUGCGAACUACAAGAACGUCCAUGUCGCACGCGAACAUUGCCUUUUUGGCCGCGCAGAAAAAACCAAGUGCAAGGAGCUGCACGAGCUUGAAGAGGAGACCGCGAGCUUGAUAGCAGAAUGCCGCGAGCUUUAUCGCACCGGCAAUGUAGAACAGGCACUAGAUAAAGGCGAGGUUCUAUUGCGGCUCAACUAUGCCGCCGAUGAGCUCCGAAAGCAGAUUGUGGAAGGUGGCAGGGGGAACAUCCUUCGUGAUGGGCAUAGCUACGAUGGAGAGCUAACGCCACGUGAGGGAAGCAAAAUGACGGGGUUUAACCCAGAGGCGCACGAGAGCAGGAGCAGGAGCGAUUUAGUGGAGAAGGUGGCGAACGAGAAAGGACAGCAGUGGGGUUGGUCGUGGGAUUGGGGCUUUCCUAGGCCGUUCGACGCAGAGGAGGAUGCCUCGAGCAGACGCGAUCGAUGCCACCGAUGGCGCCGCCGACGGGAAGAGUCCAUGUUUGCGGUCAAAGAAAUCGACGACCACGACGAUGCAAAAGAGCAGCGUUCUAUGCCUCCUGACCAACAUGGAUGGGUCGAGCAACAGCAGCGUUUCCUGCACCAAGUGGAUGAAGCGCUGCUCCCUAUGUUCCAAGAAUUAUUCCGCCACGAGAGUCUGGAGACCGAUGAGUCAUACGACAUGUCUGAAAGUUCAAUUGUUGCUGCAGACUUGGCACGCGCUGGCAUACCCAGGGAUGCUUAUGAAGAUCUCCUUCGCUCUCAGAACGGUUAUCCUUUGAUACCUUCAGAGAAGUUAGGUCAAUCUGACCACCUACCGCAUGAUAGCUGGGCGCGCCGCUUCUUCGACCAAACAGACCGCAGUUUCGUGGGUCGGCUACCUAGAAACGAGUUCCCCAAACGAAUUCCGUGGGAAGGCGAGGAGAGAGCCGAGGAGCCCAACUACGAGUACAGUCAUGAUCACGAAGACCAACACGAUGAGCCUCCGACUCCGAAGACCCCGCAGGGUGGUUGGUGUAACGACACGCCAGAGACAGAAUUGGAAGCUUAUGAACGCUUGCUCGGUCCCGUCCCUCCAGUCGGAGCGAGCGCUCAGACGGAAGGACGCCCGUCUGUACUCUCGACUCUUACCACUACUGAGCGCACGGUUCAUCCUGAUGGCACUGUCACGACGAAGGUUGUGUUGAAGAAGCGCUUCAACGACGGCCGAGAAGAAAGCUCCGAAACUGUUCACACAGAGCGAGGACAGGAAGCCAACAUUGAAGGAUCUAACCCUUCGUCGAGGAUGCUGGAGGCUGCUACUCAGCAUAAGCUUCAGGAACAAUCUCAAAAGAACAACAACAAGAAGGCUGGCUGGUUCUGGUCGAGUUAA